CACGACUUCCGCCCUUCGCCCUCAGUCCUCCGCCCUCUGCCCUCCGUCGCUCACUUCGCCGAAUACCUCCGAAAUCCCCAUACAGUACAAGACGGCGCUAUGGCUGUAUCCAAGAGCAAGAAGAAACCCCCCGGCUCGGUGCUGUUAUCGCGUCGUCGCAGUGCUGCGCCAGCCGUGCGACAUGCCACCGCCGCAGCCCAAUCAUCGUCCCUCUCGUCCAAGGCUGGCCGAGCCUUGAUCCGCAGCCACCACACCUUGCAGAAAAAACUCUCGCAAGCCCUAUCGCGGAACGACGAGGCCGCGGCGUGCACACUCCGAGCCGAGAUUGAGGCGAGCGGUGGCCUCGAGAAGUAUCAGCAGGCUAGCAUCAACGGGCAAUCGGCGCAGCGGGGCGGCGACUCGUCGAAGUUGCUGAUGCAGUGGAUAAACGAAGACUGCGCCGACAGGACUGUGCUCAAGGAGAGAGGGCUACGGAUGCUAGAGGUGGGUUCUCUCAGCCCGGACAACGCCGUUUCGAAAUCUUCCUUGUUCACGGUUACCCGCAUAGACCUGCAUUCGCAGCAUCCAGCCAUCGAGACGCAGGACUUCAUGCAGCGCCCGCUCCCUGCAAGUGACGACGACAAGUUCGACUUAGUCUCGCUGUCUCUUGUGCUCAACUAUGUGCCUGACCCUGCAGGAAGAGGGGACAUGCUUCGCCGGACAACACAGUUCCUGCGCCGCAGCACCGAACAGGAGCCGGGCAAUCCGGCAUCCAGCCUCUUCCCCUCACUGUUCCUAGUCCUUCCCGCACCGUGUGUGACGAAUUCCAGAUAUCUCGAUGAGGCACGGCUGCGGGGGAUCAUGGGGACCCUGGGGUAUACGCCCGUGAAACGAAAGCUAUCGGCAAAGCUUAUCUACGGACUGUGGCGGCAUGAGGAUACGGCCGAGGCAGCAAAGCAGGCAAAUUGGAAGAAAGAGGAAGUGAGGCCGGGGGGAUCCCGAAAUAAUUUUGCGGUCACGAUGAAUUAGGCUGGUUUAUUUUUGCGGUUAUCGCGGUCCACGUGAUAAAAGUGGGUUCACGAUAAUGAAACGGCGGCAUAGUUUCUCGUUCAAUGCAUCGUACUUGGC